GGGUGGCUUGUGUGCAGAAUGGAAUACAUCGCAAAUGAUCAGUAGUGAUGGCAAGGCAGCGAGCAUCACAAGUCAAAAUCUUGAUGAAACCAGCAAUAGUAAUCUCAGUGCAGAUGAAGAAACCCUAGUAGGAACAUCAUCUACCCACUCAACUCCAGUCCUGGACAACAGAUCCACACUUCUGGACGCAUCUAUUCCUCCUGUUGAUAAUGCCUGUGAGGACCUGACAGGACCCACGUUAGAAUCGACAUCACCCACAGUAGCAUUGACAGCACCCACUUCACAACCAUCAACUCCAGUAUCACUUGAGCCAAGGCUAUCAUCUCAGUCAAACUCUGAGUCACCCCAAUAUGGACCGAUGUUCCCACCACUUUACGUCGCAUUGAAGCAAUCCAUCACACAGGAAACAUUGCCCAGCAGCUUCAUCACUAUGAAUCAGUCAGAGUUCAUCAAACUUGUGCAAUUGUAUGAUUGUGGAACUGUAAAACUGUCAGUUACUGUUGGUCUUAAUUUCGAGACACUAAUAAAAGUCCAUAAUCAAUUUAUUCCCAGUUCACACGAUAUAUGGGACCGAGUGCCAAAGUGUAUUAAGACACAUUCUGAUUUGGAGAAAAUACUGAAUGAGUUGGACUGUUGGAAAGUGUGUUUAGCGAACAAUGAAGAGAAAUAUGUUAGUUUGACACCCAAGAACGCUGGGUUGAGCUGUAAUGCAUCUGGACCACUCUUGGCCUAUCAUGAAAGUGGUUUCAAUAUGGACACAAUCCGCUCAAUCAAUUGUGGUUUGCUGAUACGCCCAACACUUGGUUCAAGGUCUGUUCGCUGUGUCCCCUGCCAAAAGGCUAGAUGCACCCUAAGGAAAAGAGAGUACAGAGAAAAUAGGAAACCAAAAGAACCCUCAAAAUAUGUGGCCAAUAAAUAUCUAAGUCAUAGCCAGCUUGCUGUAAAGGCUUCAAAACUGAAAGCUGACAAUAUUCUGCUUUAA